CCCCGCCCCCACGCACGCUGCUUGCAAGCUCUCUGGGGCCACAGACUGCAGCAGCUCCGGGACCGAAUCCUGCGUGGGUUCGCGCGUGGGACUGCUCUGAGGGGUGGGGGGAGGGAAAAAGAAGGCCUCUUCGUCCUGUCUUGAUGUGUGAGACAUUUUUAUCGGAGGAACCAUGGAAGUGUGUCCCGACUUGCCCCGUUAUUAUAGUCAACUGGAAGGCACCAACAUCUUGUCCAACACAAUCAUUUCCAAUGAAAUCCACACGCCACUGCUAGUCCCAGCACGGAUAACUGCAUCAGAGGACAGGUAUCAGGAGUUUAAGAAGUCAAACCUGGUCCCCAGGCUCCCAUGGGGGAAAGAACGGGAAUAUGGCGCCAUGCUCCCAAUGUCCCUGCCCGAAGAAUACAAACCCAAAUUUGGGCCUCGGUUCUACAGCAAAGGACACAAGCAUUUUGGCUUUGGUGGGGACCCCUGGCCAAGCAAUAUUCCCGUUCGGCAGUUCUAUCACCUGACGCAGAACAAAAAGAGUAAUCUUUAUGGAAAUGACAGCUUGCUUCCUAAAGCACUCCAUACCACCGCCGAGCCGUUGCGCAUGGGGUUUCCAGUGGAACACCCCUAUCAGAGCCACAUCUCCCGGAGCGCCAUGUUCCCAAGCUUCAGUCCCCCACCGGACAGGAAGGCCGGCCCGGCUGAGAGUGUCCAGCAGCUUUUUCCUGCCGACACAGGCAUGUACACGACAACCGUGAUGAAGAAAACAGGAGGUAAUCCAUAUCGACAUGAGAUCCUGAAAAUUUCUGAUCCCCGAAAAAAAGUCUUGCAGUGGCCUGGACUGAGCACGUGCUUCAGCAUUCCUACAGAUGUUCACAAGAAUACCCAGCUAUACCCGCCUAAACCUUCAAAACUCUUGAUACCAAACAGUACCGUAGUUGCAAUGAAUCCUUUAUUACUUCUAAAAGCCGGCAGACAAAGAAUUCUGGAGCAGUCCCAUUGGCUAACAAGCUACACACGUGAUUACACAGGUUUAGGUUCCAUUAAUCCCUUUCCACCGGUUGAUGAUCAAGAAAAAGAGGUAGCCAUCUUAACUGACUCACCACCUAAAGAAAGAGUCCAGGAUUCCGCCAUCAUGGAAGAGAAGGUUCCGGUCCAUGCCGUGCCCGGCCAUGAUGAGAUGUCGCACGCUAAGAGGAGACUUCCAACAGGACCGAGCCUUCCAACAGGACCUGUGGCUCCUAAGGACCAAAUUUCUGAAACUAGAGAGAUGAUCAGGGAUGGGGAAAUGCUACCAUCUCCGUAUCUUUUCCCCAUUUGCCAGAAGACAAAAGAAGGCAAGGUUUAUAAACAAGGCUUCUAUCCCAAAAUCACGGACACUUACAAGAAUGAUGCUUUGUACUGGAGGCAGCUAUGCUUCAGGCCCCCCCCGGAACCGUGCAUCGAGCCCGAGGAGACAUUCUACUAUGACAACAUGAAACCCAGCCGGCUGAGCCAGUAUGUCGUGUGGCAAAACCCCAUCAGCCUCAGUAAGCCCAGUAUUCUGCCAGACCGAGUAGACCUAAAACCUGCCUUUCCCGCCAGUCACCUCAAAGAGCCCCAGACGCCUCCAGAGACGUCUGACAGCGGUAUCCAGAAAGAAAAAGAACCCUUCCUGAAGCAGUCCCCCAAAGCUGGAGCGCUCCAGCCACAGGCCUCCCUGCUGGAGCUCCAGAACACCUUCUCCAAGACAGAGGCCCACAAACGUCUUAAGGAAUUAGUCGUGGAAGACACGAAAGACCUGCGGGACAACAAACACUCAGGAAUGAAACACAAUUUCUAUAACUAUAAUUCCUAUUAUUUCUUUAAUUGAUAUAUUUCUUCAUCCAAUGGAAAACUAGCAUCUGGCAAGAACAUUAAAAAAUAUAACAAUCCCCUCUGUGGCUGUGCGUUGCCUUCUAUGUGACGUCUCAAUAUCCUGGUUAAUAGCAAUGACAACCGUCCUUUGUCAGACUCUAAGGUUUGCAGAUGGGCUCAUCUGAACCUCCUGACAGACGUGGGAGAGUACAUAUCAAUUAUUACCAAUCUCGCUUUACAGAUGAAGAAACCCUAAGGCUCAGAGAGAACGGAUUGAACCAGAGGCACCCUGUUGUUAAACUUUUCUCCUGGUACCGCGGGUGCUUCUCACUGCACUUCCCACUGUUGGUUGGUCGGGGUCCCUCGGACCCAGAGAGGACCAUCUGACAUCUCCAUGUUAGAGCUGAGUUACACGUGUCCCACUGUGACUGAUCAGAGCUCAGGGAUGGCUUUUGACUCACACAUAAAUUGGAUUUAAGCGGGGCAGACUUGCACGAAGCCGUCAGCCUCACGUUCUUUUCUGAUGCCGCCAUUGUCCAAUGGCGGGACAGAAGCCUGGGGAGGAUGCAGCGGAUGACCUCAGCGUCUUCGCAACGUCAGCGAAGCUCUCGGCGCUCCAUAUAUGUUGCACAACGUGUUUCACCCCCCUUCAUGGCCAUUGGAACAAAUUGUUCUCCUCGGCCCAUUCCACCAGACACCCCCAACUCACCUCGGGACUGACACCCUUUGGUCACCUCAGCCUGGUUUAGCCUGUCUGCUGAAAGUGUGUCUGCUACAGCUUAUGGGCUUAAUAAAUGCUUUUUCAUUCAUUUAUAAUUUAAGUAUCAUACAAAAACAAGACGGGCUCUGCCCUCAGGGCCCUUUUAUUGCCCGGUUCUAUAUAAGAUUGCUUUCUAGCUUUCUUACUUUGAAUGUCAAAGGCUGGAUAUGGCAGGUUUCCCUGACUUCAGAACUAGUACUAAAUUACCCUGUACUGCCUUGUAAAAAGUGUCAGUGACUUACUUUAAAAAAAAAAUCAAAGGAACUGACCAUUCCUAGCACAGAAGGGAAAUUUAGUCCUUACAGAGAUACCAGAACAUGUAGCGCUCCCUUGCGCAACAAUUUAGGGAUCUGGAGUCAACUGGAUGUAACUCCUUACCCUUUAGGUGAAAAAUAAAACUGUCCUAAGUAUAAACUUC